AUAGUAAAGUUGUAUUUUAUAUUGAACGGAUGUUUUGUGGUGUCGAACGUUUACGCACAGUAGUGAUUUGAGUGGCAAGUGAAGAAAGCAUUAUAAAUAUAUGUACAUGCUCGUAUGUACAAGUUUGUAUAAAUUUAUUAUAAGUGCUAACAGUAAUUGAAUUGUAGCGUUUGUUGGAUGUUAAUAAGAAAUAAAAAAUAUAUUGCAAUCGAAUCAGUUGUAAUUUGUGUUGUGAAAAUUUAUUAUACUACAUAUGUAUAUGUAUAUGCAUGUAUGUGGCACAAUAUUUAAAAGUGUUGAUUCGUAACAAAUAGGAUAUAAGCAACGAACUAUUUUAAUGGAAUGUUAAAGGAGUUGGAUUACUCAAGAGCUAAACUUAUUUUGCAUGAAUUUGAAGAACGAUCGUCGACAAUGAAUUUGAGCUUGAAAUCGAUAAAAAUGAGGUCGUUUGCAAAUAUCUUAACACUACUAAAAUGUUGGAUCUUCCUGAGCUGUUAUGUAUCACAAUUGAAAAUGGUAGAAUCGAGAAUUGGAGGAUUCUCAGCACAUCUAGACAUAGAUGAAACAACUAUUUGGGAUCAUACUGUAAACUUAGAUGAUAAUUUUCGCUUACUCUGGACAAUCAAGGAAAAUUAUGCUAUUUUUGAAAUACAAGUACGUACUCAUGGCUAUGUAGGACUUGGCUUUUCACCUACUGGCAGUAAAGAAGGAGCGGAUGUUGUUAUGGGUUGGGUGGACAAAGGGCAGACAUUCUUUCAGGAUCGCCAUGUUUCGGCAAACAAAAACUCUACAGAACCUCUUGUAGAUCCAUCUCAGGAUUAUGUACUUUUAAGCGGAUACGAAAACAAUACACACACAAUAAUAAGGUUUCGACGAAAAUUGGAUACCUGCGACAAUCUAUACGAUAUUCCAAUAACAAAUAAUACAAUGCGCAUAUUGUUUUUAUACGAUGAGAAUGAUCCUCUGAAUGGUUCAGUCGGACCCGGAUCUUUACCUAACGUUGACAGUGCUUGGCGCUCCGCACAGUCAUUGGUUUUGAUUGAGCGUGGCGUACAGGCGUCGAAUGCGGAAAAGACGCGUAAAUUAGAAUUUCGCAAUUCUGGUGUGGAGCUGCCGUACGAUGAUGAUACUUUGAUAUGGUGCAAAUUUUUUAAAUUGGAUAAAAUGGAGCGAAAAAAUCACGUUAUUAAGUUCGAACCCAUUUUUGAUUCAACGUGGAGCCUUCAGUACCUACAAUACGUGACGUUAUAUGAAUGCGCUGGAAGUGGGCCAGAAUUGGAGGCACUGGCACACGAACCAGGACAACAAUGUUACAAUAUGCGUGGUAUGCAACUUUCAUGCAACACAUAUAUGGCAACCUGGUCGCGCGGUUCACCAGCUUUUAUUUACCCACCUGAAGUCGGUUAUCCACUGGACACAAGUAGCGUAAAGUUUAUAAUGAUGGAAACGCACUACAACAAUUUAAAUAUUGAUUUUGAGCAAUUCAAACUGAACCACAUGUUUGACAGUUCCGGCUUGAGAUUGCAUGUCACCGAGCAACUACGUCAGAAUGAUGCCGGUUUGAUGUCUAUUGGCAUAGAACCCAAUUGGCAUCACAUAAUUCCUCCAGGUCAAGCGCGGGUUGUGUCUCAAGGCCAUUGCAUAGAACAAUGCACGAAAUCAUUUUUCCCACGCGAGGGUGUAAAUAUAUUUGCCACGAUGACGCGCACACACCAAAUCGGUGUGGAGGUGAAGUUACGACAGAUGCGAAAUAUGCAAGAAUUAGCACCCAUCGUAUCGGAUGGUAAUAUCGAUCCAAACUAUCAAACAUUCCGGCGUCUUCCACAUGCUGCACGCUCUCUUCCUGGCGAUAGAUUGAUCGCCGAAUGCGUAUAUGAUAGCACAACGCGCCGCGCAAUCACUUUAGGUGGACCCUCCAUGAAGGAAGAAAGCUGUAUGGUGUUCGCUUUGUAUUACCCAAAACAAAAACAGCUGACAACAUGCCAUUCUUCACCUAGUUUAUCAACUGUAUUGCAUUCCCUGGGGAUUGAAUAUUUAAAUGCAAACUCCGACCCUGUCGUUAUAUCUUUGCCACCGGAGUUAAAAGGAAUGACACUCGAAACUCGGUUACUCACAUACGACUGGGAGAAUCAGUUCAAAGCAUUUCAGGACCUAACAUUGAAAGGUGCCUUCAAAGCUCAAUGUCAAAAUGAAGAAAGUUCGGUGUCAAAUAUUUCGAGCACUUUCAUCAGUUGGCCGGCUAAUAUAACCGAAGUGUUUGAAGCGCCAAAACUGUGCACAAUGAAACCACCCAGCAGUACCAAAUCGGAGCAAAGUGACUUGUAUGUUGUUAAAGAUAUUUCGAAUAACGACAUAGUUGAAGGAUCAGUGCGCAAUAGUCGAAGUUCGUUUAGUGAGACCUUAGCACUGAGUAGAUCCGAGUCUUCUUCUGCCUCAUAUAUACCGAGACUGUUUAGUAAUUAUUAUUAUUGUUAUUAUUUCGGCACUCUCCUGAUUGCUUACACUUUAGUCCUAAGUUGAAUAAAAUAAAAAGACAACUAACAGCAAUAAUGUUAAAGCAAUAUAAUAAUGACAAUGAAAGGAAUCGCCCUAAAGUAUAUGUAUACCUAAACUAAUACUCAUAUUUAAGCAAUAAUGUAUGUACCGUUGAUGUUAGAGUUCGUAAUUAAAGUUGUGAGUCUUUCAUAUUUUAAGGCUUUUAAGGCUUAAAUGUUGUAUAACUACAUUAAUGUACAUGUAUAUGUAUAUAAGUAUAAAAUAAGUAUGAACAUAAUAAAAUAAUAUGGCUCACUUUGUAUUAAGUGUGCCAAUUUCUAACUGUGAUAUAUAUUAGCGAUACUUUAUAUUAAUAAGUACUAUAUAUGUAUAUGUGUAGUGUGUGUACAAACGAAUAUGUAACUGAAAAGUGAACGAUAAUAAAGACGUUUUAAAUCAUGUUUAUAGUUACUAAAUACCGUUGUAGUAGUAUUGUGAGAAAACUGUGUAUAGUGACAAAUAAGAAAAUAAAAGUAAGAAAUGAAA